GGUAUGGGGAAGGACACAGGAAGGGGAUGGAGCAGCUGAGAGUGGCUGUAGCUAGGUGCUGGGUGGGAGGAGGAGGAGAGACAGGAAGGGGGAGGGGGGAUAAUACAGAACAGAGGGAUCCCCCUAGCCCGUGGUGGGGCUGGCUCUCUUUCAUUACAGCUGCAAAGAAAUCAAGCUACCUCCAUUGUGAGCCGGGAAGCUGGGCUGUGCUGGGGAGGUGUGAUCUUGCCAGCCAGGGACUUUCUCAUUGUUGCGAUUGUUCGCCCUGGCGUCCUAGGGCAGCCCCGGGCUCUGCCGACACCAGCUCCCGAGCCGGAGCCUGCAGGGGCUGGUGGCCUUCGACGUCUGUGUAUCUCACCAUGGAUCAGUGGGCUGCUGUGGAUUCUGAUCAGAAACCUUUGUGCAGGGGUGGCAUACAGGAGAACGAUGAUCCCCUGGUGACUCUGAGGCCUGACUCCUGUGCGGAUUCUCUCCCUAUCCCAGCCGAGGACAGGGCAGCGAGUGAGACCGAGGAGGAGAAUCCUGGGGAGGAAGGCCCCGAGAUUGUGGAACUAGAUCCAGUGUUGCUGGGUAGGCCGGAGGGGGCUGGGGCCAGGAGCCCAGAGGAGCAGGGCCCGGCCUGCGAGAGCCUGCGUUGGACGGUGGUGCAGCAGAUCGACUCCCCCGGGAAGCCGGUGCAGCGGCGGGGCGGUGGGGGCAAGUCGGCUGGCGCCGGCUUCCAGAACUUCAAGAGCAUCAUCGUGCUGCAGAAGAGCUAUGAGUGUGGCGAGUGCGGCAAGACCUUCAGCUGCAGCUCGCACUUCAGCAAGCACCAGCGCACCCACACCGGUGAGAAGCCCUUCCGCUGCCUGCACUGCGGGAAGAGCUUCAACGUCAGCUCCAACCUCUACCGCCACCAGCGGGCCCACGCUGCUGAACGGGCCUGCCCACGCCCCGAGAGCUCCCCACCGCCGGUGCCGGCCAGCACCCCUGCCCCUGCGACCCCUCGGCCCCGGGGGCUGCCCUAUAAGUGCGAGGAGUGUGGCAAGAGUUUCCGGCGCAACACGGAACUGGUGACCCACCAGCGGCUGCACACGGGGCGCCUGCCCUUCCAGUGCGCCCACUGCGGGAAGAGCUUCUCCUGGAGCUCCCACUUCGACCGGCACCAGCGCAUCCACACUGGCGAGAAGCCCUACCAGUGCCCUGAGUGCGGGAAGUGCUUCAGCCGCAGCUCCCACCUCUACCGGCACCAGCGCACCCACUCCGGGGGCCGCUCCUACAUCUGCACGUACUGUGGGCGCAGCUUCAACAGCACCCUGCACUUCGACCGGCAUCAGCGCACCCACACUGGCCUGCGCCCCUACAAAUGCACCCUGUGCGGCAAGGGCUUUGGUGAUGGUCUGGCCCUGGUCAAGCACCAGCGCCUGCAUCUGGGGGAUGGGCCCUUCCACUGUGAAGAGUGUGGCAAGAGCUUCGGGGCGAGGGCACAGUACGCCCGGCACCGACGCAGCCUACAUGGCUCUACUGCCGGUAGCACUGGCAGCGAGAAGCCCUACCGCUGCGGUGACUGUGGCAAGAGCUUCUCCUGGAGCUCCCAUUGGGAGCGGCACCAGCGUAUCCACACCGGGGAGCGCCCCUACCAGUGCAGCGACUGCGGCAAGCGCUUCGGCCGCACCUCCCACCUCUACCGGCACCAGCGCACCCACGCUGGCGGCCAGCCCCACGUCUGCACUGACUGCGGCAAGAGCUUCAACAGCACCCUGCAUUUCCACAAGCACCGGCGGGCCCACGCUGGCGAAGCCCCCUGCCACGCCUGCCCCGACUGUGGCAAGGCAUUCGCCGACGGCUCCGCUCUGGCCAAGCACCGGCGUACCCACACCGGAGAGCGGCCCUUCCCUUGCCCCCAGUGUGGCCGGCGCUUCAGCGUCAGCUCCCACCUGUACCGCCACCUGAGGAGCCAUGCUGAGGAGAAGCCACUGGAGGAGAUCGCGUCCUACUAGAGAUCAACUCCUCUUUCCCCUUUGCCUGGGAGAGGAACCCCCCCACGCUGGAGGUUUAGCUCACCGGGACCUGGCUGCCCCUCUCUGGGCACGGGAGUGAACUCCAUGCGCUGCCAGCCAGAGCGUUAGUGGGGCUUACCUCACAGGGACCUGGCCAUGGGGAUCGCUGACCCUCAGGGGUAGCUGAGACCUCUAGGAGAGCACCGGGCAGCCCCGUUGUGGGCACCCCGGGGCCACAGGGACGGGUGCAGUGUAAGGUCCCAAUCUGGAGCCCCUUGAAGGGCUCUGCGUCGAUGGGGUCUGGAUCAGGCCCUGAGGAUAUAGGUAGAUAAGGUAGAUUAGGUAGGUAGGAUAGGUAGGAGGUAGAGCAGAGUGGUGGCAGUGCUAGGGGGCUGGGCGGGGUGGAAAUAAGAGAGGGAAAUGGUGUGGGAUUGAGGGCGUAUUACCCUCUUGCUCACUCUGGUGUAAAUCAGGAGUAACCCCACCGGAGUCACUGGGGCCAAUUCCCUUCUCACUCACCUCGGUGUAAAUCAGGAGUAACCCCACUGGAGUCACUGGGACUGGUUCUCCUCCCCUCACCCUGGUGUAAAUCAGGUGUAGACCCACAGGAGUCCCUGAGGUCAAUUCCCCUUUUGCUCACCCCAGUGUAAAUCAGGAGUAACCCCACCGGAGUCACUGGGGCUCAGUGCAGUUGCAGGAGUGUGAGAUGGAUCAGGCAUUGAGCACCUGCAGGCUGGGGCGAAUGAUUGAUCAGAGCUGAGGCGGGAGGCAGUAUCUGGGGAUCAGGUAGGUGGGGCGGGAGAUGGUGAGAAAGAUGGGAGCCAGAGGGGGAGGGGAAAUGAAGUAUUUGGGGAUCAGGGUGGCUGUGUAGUGGGCGCGAGAGAGGGCUGUGGGUGAUGGAGGACUGGCAUGUCUGUGGACUGGGCUGGUGGGGCAGACCAUGGCACUGCUUGGGUCUCAGAGCUGAGGAGGAUGGGACCAAGUUUACUGCCACUCCUUUUCUGGGUUUCCAUGCCCUAUCCCCUGCCUCCUGAUCAACAGGACCCAGGAGGAGAAGAAACCCUACCACAUGGAACCCCCCUGCAAGCCAUCCCAUCCAGGAGGGGAAAUGCAGGGGACUCAGCAUGGAGAGAGCCUGAGAGGGGGAGAGAGCUUGGUGUGUAAUGCGCCUUACUCCAGCAGGAAUGAGACAGAAAACCUUAGAGUAGCAUGUGAUUAACUUGCAGAGUUCACAGCUACAGGAGAUGACUGGGGCAAACAGCUCAGCAAAGCCCUCUGCCAGCUCCAUGGAGCAGUCUGGGGCUGUUGACUUCCAAGCGACUUCCUGCGUGUGUGAAAAUCUCCCUUAGACACAAGCCGCCCCAGUCCUGAUCCUAAUUCAGAGCAUGAGGGACAAGAACCCGCUCUCCCCUGGUCUAGGGAUAUGGUGGGGGUGAGUUUCUGUAAAGGAAAGAAGCUAAUCACUCCUGAAAUAAGCUAUCCAAGCUGGGGCUCAGAAAGUCGUGAGCUUCAUCAGCUACACUUGUUGGAAGGAUCCGGGAGGUAUUUAUGUACCAGGAAAUCUGUUGUUGUUAGAGGUCAGAUUCUUUGUUGGUGUCAGUUGGCAUCCAGGGACUUCUUCCCAUUUAUCCCAGGUGAUAAGUUAACCCUUUCGCUACAGUAGGCUUGGGCCUUGUCUACGCAUCAAAGUUGAGUUGCUUUAUAACUCGAUGGGUACGGUUAAAGCAGUACAAUCCUCACCCCCUU